CAAACGCGUCCGGCGUGGAGUGUAAACAUCUUCAAGCCAUGAUUCUGCGCCAUCAAGGGCUCUCCAGCUAAUUUCAUUUGGUGCAUUACUCUGGAAGAAAAUCGAGGCCAAGUGAAACUGCGGAAAUGGGAACAAUGCACGGAGGGAAAAAAUCUCACCCCAUUAAGGGAUCCGUUUCUUCUCUGCGCAAAUAAGCCCACCACGCCUUGGAGGCAAGACUAGAAGGCUCCAGGAUAUUCCGAGGCUGCCCCCGCGGGCCCUCUCGGACGGAGGGAGCCCCGCAGCACCGAGAAGGAAGGUGGCCUGGGCGCCAGGGCCCCAGCCCGGGGCGCGCAUUUUUAGGACUGACUACUUUGCACGGAUGAUGAACAUUUCCUUACGUUUGAGAAGACCACCCUGGAUGGUGGAUAGUAACGGACGGAGGAUGACUUCACAUUUCCAGUGGCUCUCAUUAACAUUUAUUCUCCUGUAUUUAAUGAACCAAGUGAAUAGUGAGAAAAGGGGGGCUCCUCGUGAUUUGAAGUGUAUAACUAACAAUUUGCGAGUAUGGGACUGUUCUUGGAAAGCACCCUCUGCAGCAGGCCAUGGUACUGUUUAUGAAAUUUGCAUCGAAAACAGGUCCCAUUCUUGUUAUCAAUCAGAGAAAACAAAUACUAAAAUUCCAGCUCUUUUACCUGGUGAUCAUGAAAUAACAAUAAACCGUCUGUAUGAUUUCGGAAAUCCUAUAAGUAAAUUCACACUGAAUGAAAAGAAUGUUUCCUUAAUUCCAGACACGCCAGAGAUCUUGAAUUUAUCUGCCGAUUUCUCAACUUCCACAAUACACCUAAAGUGGAAUGACAGGGGUUCUGUUUUUCCACAUCAGUUAACUGUCAUCUGGGAAAUUAAAAUUCUACGUAAAGAAAAUAUGGAAAUCGUAAAAUUAAUAACCCACAACACAACUGUGAAUGGUAAAGAUACAGUUCAUCACUGGAGUUGGACCUCAGACAUGCCCUUGGAGUGUGCCAUUCAUUCUGUGGGAAUUAGAUGCUAUGUUGAUGAUCCUCAUUUCUCUGGUCGCAAAGAGUGGAGUGACUGGAGCCCAUUGAAGAACAUUUCUUGGUCACCUGAUUCUCAGACUAAGGUUUUCCCUCAAGACAAAGUGAUACUUGUAGGCUCAGAUAUAACAUUUUGUUGUGUGACUCAAGAAAAAGUGCUUUCAGCACAGAUUGGCCAAACGAAUUGUCCCCUUAUCCAUCUUGACGGGGAAAAUGUUGCAAUCAAGAUCCAUAAUAUUUCUGUUUCUGCAAAUAGUGGAACAAAUGUGGUUUUCACAACAGAAGAUAACAUAUUUGGGACGGUUAUUUUUGUGGGAUAUCCACCUGAUAUUCCUCAAAAAGUGAAUUGUGAGACAUACGAUUUAAAAGAGAUUGUCUGUACUUGGAAUCCAGGAAGACCAACCGCAUUGGUGGGCCCUCGCAAUACAAGUUAUACUUUAUUUGAAAGUUUUUCAGGGAAAUAUGUUAGAUUUAAAAGAGUUGAAGCACCAACAAAUGAAAGCUAUCAGUUAUUCUUUCAAAUGCGUCCAAAUCAAGAAAUCUAUAAUUUUACUUUGAGUGCUCGCAAUCCUCUGGGUCGAUCAGAAUCAACUAUUUUGAUUAACAUAACUGAAAAAGUUUAUCCUCGUAUUCCUACUUCAAUCAAAGUGAAGGACAUUAAUUCAACAGCUGUUAUGCUUUCCUGGCAUUUACCAGGCAACUUUGCAAAGAUUAAACUUUUAUGUCAAAUUGAAAUUAAUAAAACUAACUCAGUACAAGAAUUGCGGAAUGUUACAAUCAAAGGAGUAGAAAAUUCAAGUUACCUUGUAGCCGUGGACAAGUUGAAUCCAUAUACUAUAUAUACUUUCCGGAUUCGCUGUUCUACUGAAACUUUCUGGAAAUGGAGCAAAUGGAGCAAUGAAAAAAAAUAUUUAACCACAGAAGCCAUUCCUUCAAAGGGACCAGAUACUUGGAGAGAGUGGAGUUCUGAUGGGAAAAAUUUAAUCAUCUAUUGGAAGCCUUUACCCAUUAAUGAAGCUAAUGGGAAAAUACUUUCCUAUAAUGUAUCAUGUUCACUAGAUGAGGAGACACAGUCCCUUUCUGAGAUCCCUGAUCCUCAACACAAGGCGGAACUUCAACUUGAUAAAAAUGACUACAUCAUCAGUGUGGUGGCAAAAAAUUCUGUUGGCUCAUCGCCACCUUCUAAAAUAGCUAGUAUGGAAAUUCCAAAUGAUGAUCUCAAAGUAGAGCAGGCUGUCGGAAUGGGAAAUGGGAUUCUCCUCACUUGGAAUUACGAUCCCAAUAUGACCUGUGACUAUGUUAUUAAAUGGUGUAACUCAUCUCGAUCUGAACCCUGCCUUAUGGACUGGAAAAAAGUCCCCUCAAACAGCACUGAAGCUGUAAUAGAAUCUGAUCAGUUUCGACCAGGUGUAAGAUACAGUUUUUUCCUGUAUGGGUGCAGGAAUGAAGGAUAUCAGUUAUUACGUUCUAUAAUCGGAUAUAUAGAAGAACUGGCUCCAAUUGUGGCGCCAAAUUUUACUGUUGAGGAUACAUCUGCAGAUUCAAUAUUAGUAAAAUGGGAAGAUAUUCCUGUGGAAGAGCUCAGAGGCUUUUUAAGAGGAUAUUUAUUUUACUUUGAAAAAGGAGAGAGAGACACCUCUAAGAUAAGGGGUUUGGAGUCAGGUCGGUCCGACAUAAAGGUGAAGAACAUUACUGACCUAUCACAGAAGACCCUGAGAAUUGCUGAUCUUCAGGGUAAAACAAGUUACCAUCUGGUCUUACGAGCCUAUACAGACGGCGGGAUGGGCCCGGAGAAGAGCAUGUUUGUGGUGACAAAGGAGAAUUCUGUGGGAUUAAUUAUUGCCAUUCUCAUUCCUGUGGCCGUGGCUGUCAUUGUGGGAGUGGUAACAAGUAUCCUUUGCUAUCGAAAACGAGAAUGGAUUAAAGAAACCUUCUACCCUGAUAUUCCAAAUCCAGAAAAUUGUAAAGCUUUACAGUUUCAAAAGAGUGUCUGUGAGGGAAACAGUGCUCUCAAAACAUUGGAAAUGAAUCCUUGUACCCCAAAUAACGUUGAGGUUCUGGAGACUCGAUCGGCAGUUCCGAAAAUAGAAGACACAGAAAUAAUCUCUCCCAUAGCUGAGCGUCCGGAAGAGAGCUCUGAUGCCGAAGCCGAGAACCACGUGGUAGUGUCCUACUGCCCCCCUGUCAUUGAGGAGGAAACGCCGAACCCCGGCGCGGAUGAGGCCGGGGGAGCCUCUCAAGUCGUUUACAUUGACAUCCAGUCUAUGUACCAGCCUCAAGCGAAACCAGAGGAAGAACAGGAAAAUGACCCUGUCGGGGGGGCCGGCUACAAGCCACAAAUGCACCUCCCCGUCACUUCUACUGUAGAUGACCUCGCUGCAGAGGACGACCUAGAUAAAGCUGCGGGUUACAGACCUCAGGCAAAUGUCAACACUUGGAACUUAGUAUCUCCAGACUCCCCCAGGUCCACAGACAGCAACAGUGAAAUUGUCUCCUUUGGAAGCCCCUGCUCCAUUAACUCCCGACAGUUUCUGAUUCCUCCUAAAGAUGAAGACUCUCCGAAAUCCAGUGGGGGAGGGUGGUCCUUUACAAACUUCUUUCAGAACAAACCAAACGACUAACAGAGUCACCUUGUCACUUCAGUCUGCCAUCUCAGUGAGCUCUGGGUUCUGGCGCUGCCGUGCCAGCAACGGGGCAUCUUGGAGGGAUCCUGUGAAGUAUUGUUAUUAGCGAGGGGGCCUCACCACGCGCAAGUCACACUCAAAGUGUUCAUGUGCUUUUAACGUAGUCUCACAGCCAGAGCAGAGUAACCCAGAAAUUCAGUCCCUGCAACUCAAGUUUUGGAGCGAUCUGUGAUGGGAGCCAAAGAAUUCGCACGUGCUCUGCCUUCAGGAAGCACUUCGUGGCCGAUACGUCUAGCCCAUCCACGCAAACCAAAUCCCCCAGCAACGUGUUCUGUUCUGCUCAUGGUUUUCUCCUAUGGGUACUGGAUGGAAUUGCAAGCCAAUUUACAGGCACAGGAGAAAAAUGUCAAAAAGCAACAGACGAUGUUUAUUUGCCUGACACUUGCUCCAUGCUAGAGGAAAACCAAGCACAGAUUUCAAAACUUUCAACAUUAUUCUCCUCUAUCCGCGUCACUUACACAAAAUUAAUAUAAUUUUUAAUGUAGUGACAGCUGUUGUAGUGUUUUGUUUGAUAAAGUGUGCUGAUUUCUGUGCCUACUGUAUCAUGGUUAUCAAAGAGUUUUCUCAGGGGUACAAACUUUGAAAAUGAGCGUGACACUGACCAGCCCAAAUUAGAAUCCUGUCGUCUUGCUUCAGGAGGUUUUACAAACCUUUUCCUUACUUUGUGGCUUGCAUGCUAGUAGCUUCCCUUAGUGCGGUUGGUUGCCCUAAGAUUUAAGGGCAAAUUUUUAAAGACUGUAGACCUAGUUUUUUUUUUUGUUUUAAAUCUGUUUUUUUGUGUGACACCGUGUCAGUUUUAUAAGUGUAGGAGCAAACUUAAUAUUUCUGAUAAACAUAAUUGCAGUGAUUUACAAUUUGAGGUGAUUCCUGAGCAGACUCGCUGCAUUAGCUCUUUGCACGUCCUGACCGGCUUCAUCACCUCCCGAGAACCCCAUGCCCUGGAACCCCAGUCACCCAGGCAGUGAUGAUCUUUGACUCCGUGUAGCAAAGUUUCCUCAUCAGGCAGUUUGGCAAUUUCUCCCUGUGAGAUGAUCAUCAGUCUAGACUAUUUGAUCCAGUCCUCAAAAUUUUAAAUAUGCAACUGAAAAGAUCAUGCUUCCUUACCAGAACAGUCCUCAAGGGCUGUUUCAUAGGGCCCACCUCGGUGUCCGUUUGCUCCGCGGGCGCACCGUGGUGAGGGCGUAACAGCUGCUGUGCGAGCUGUCCACGACCGCGUGUCUUCGUAGCCUCCCCUGCCCACCCUUGCUUUUCAUGAGUGAUGCCUAGAGUGAAUGUGGUUUUUGGAAAAGCAGAAUGAAAAACUAAGAAGCGUUAUCUUAUAUUUGCCCAACCCCCAGGUCGUCUAUGUAUUCUGUCUUUUGACAGGUAAGGCAAAGUACUAGAAAAAAAUGGAAAUAUCCGAAUACAUCGAGAUGUGCCUGCUUGGUUUUUUGGGGUUUUUUUUUGUUUUUUUUACUCUCUGAGGUUCUGUGAUGAUAAUGGAUUGCAUAUCUUUUCUUCUAGGUCUUAGUGUUUCUUUAUUUAAAAAAAAAAAAAAAAAAAACCACGUCAUGAUAAAAAGCCACAGGAUGACAAGGAGUAGGAUCCAUUUGGGCGCUCUCACAAUCCUGAUUUCAGUUGCUAGAGUUCACCUAAAUUAUUGAGCUCCAUGACAUAUGGACAGGUGGAAUGAAACAGAACCAAUUUUAUACACAUACAGUAUAUAUUAAAACCCUGUCGUAGCUCCUGGAGAUUUUCAGCAAUGAAAAAUGUCUCCAACGAGAGCAAUCCCUGACAGUCUGCUCUUCUUAUCUAUCCUCUCGGGCUCCUUUCCUUCGUUUGCACCCCAGACACUCAGACCUGGGGCUGCCUUCAUUCCCUGCUGAAGCUUGUCAUUUCCGUGCCCCUCCUGCUCCCAACUCCUGCCUCGUCUCCCAUUGAAACUGGUGGAUCCUGUACUUCAUCUCUUUAGGAUAGGUGUUGGCUAAGGUCAAAGGGUAUUGGUCUGAACUACACUAAACUGAGAAUGGGAAAAGGCCAGGAGAAAUUGUUUGAGCUCUGUCAUCAGUAUAUAUGCAUUGCAGCUGCGGCCAUGCGGAUCCGGGGCCCUUUCUAACCUAGAUGAUGACUCAUUUGUUUGGCUCACAGUGAAUAUCAUUGGCUCUCCAGUUCUUUCUCCAAGACUUCACUGCUAUUCUUGCAUGAAAAACGUUCAGAGUGCUGCUUACUCCCCUCUCCCCUCCCCCCUGGAAUUCCGCACACAGUGAUCACUAGGUGAGUGGGAAGCCGAGUAACACUUAGUCUGGGCAAGCUCUUUUUAACUUGCUGUAUGCCUAGAAGCAUGUGGCUUAGGUCUGAGGCCAAAGCAAGUUGCUUUGUCUUUACCCUCUAAGUUGAAGACAGCCAGACCCACUGUGCAAUUCCGAAGUCAUUACCUCUCACUUCCCUCCUCCCCCCCUGCUGGCCUACCUGGGCAUGUGGGGGCCGCCUGAACACCAGGAGAGAAGACACCGUCCUUGGUCACACAUCCGUUCAUUUGUGGCACUGGAGACCCUGGUAAAUGUGCACUGUCUGCCAAUGCUGGGACCAGGCUCAGGUGUGAAAAGCAGGCUUGUAGUGGUCAUGCUGUGUCCAAUCAUUUUAACCCCUCUUCCUGGGGUGGCGGGGGGAGAGAAGGCUAAAGGCUAGAUGUGUUCCCUUCAGCCCUUCCUGACUGGGAAAAUAAUUGGGAAAUCCCUCUUUCCUCAACUAAAGCCUAGCCAUUGGUUAGAAAUUCUAAGUAUCUGAACUCAGUUAUGCCCCACUCUAAUAGUGCCCUCGUAUUAGGACACAUUUUCAUAUAUCUCAUAAGCCAAUUUCAGAUCGAGCUUCCCUUGUGAGGAAUGGAGAUUCUAGUGGUUGCUCUUGUGAGCGGCCCUCCUAGAUAAACAAUAUUUAGUAUAAAAGUAUGUUUAGAAGACUUAGCUAGAAUUUUGACAUUAGGUAGAGCUUGUACAUUAUGUCCUGCAUGGAUUAGUGCCCAUAUACAGUUGAAAUCAUCACUGUGUUGAAUCCACAGAAGCCUGGAUUUGAGACUGGCCCCGGGUAUCUGGAUGGUUGUGUGUUUGCGUGCUUAGGUGAUAGGGGUGCUGUGUUCCUACAGCUUAGACUCUGAAGCAGCCAUUCAUGGAAAAGGUUAAGGGUGAAAGGAUCGGCCUCGUUUUCCAUACCAGCAUUACUUUCACGGCUCAUGGAUCUGAAGGACUGCAGGUAGAGAACAUCUAGUACUGUUGCACUCAGAAACUGUGGCAAGAGUCACAUUGUUAAAACUUCAUGCAGCUUGUAUUCUCCUUGGAAACCAUUAGUCCUGUAAUUUCUUAACUGUCUCCACAGGGCCCAAGUAUAGAGAACAUUGCAGUCCUGUCUGCAUUUGAAUAACUAGGUGUAAGUUAGUGGAGACCAGGAAAUAUUUUCUUCCAAAAGGAAUUUGAAAUCCGUGUUUCAUGGUAUUUUGAAAUUAAACUACUCCCUAACAUAUCAAAAUGCAGAAAAUGUUAUCUCAAGUUUUUCUACUGCUUAGGCACAUAAUCUGAUAAGACUUUUUUUUCCCUAUUUAAAGUAAUUUUUACUGUUUUCUGUUUUGAACCAUCUCAAAUGUGCAUACCUUUUUUAAAAUGCCUUUUUCUUAUUUUGAAAGUCUACAGUUAGGCAUCUCAAAAGUCAAAUGUGAGAUCAUUAGCUCAUUACAAAGAUGACUAGCUACAUGGUAGAAGUUCAGUGAGUACCUGUUUCUGAGUCCCACUCCAGAAUGUGCAGAUUGAACGUUUUCAUAAGGGUGGUAUAUACCAGGGCCUAGUGCAUGUAGAUCUGAGACUGAAAGAUUCAAAUCUCCUCGAGAAGUAGCUCCAGUUUGAGUGAAAACUUGGGAAAAAGACUCAGGCAAAAGCAUCCCUAGAUACCGUAUUACUCCCUCACUGUGAGUAUCCAGUGUCUUUUUUAUUUGAUGGGUAUAGAACUUGGGACCUGUUUGUACCAACCAGCAUUGUUCUAGCAAACCAACAAUAAUACAUUGAUGUGUGAGCUUAACUAUUUAAUAAAAGGACUCAAUAAUUCUCUUGCUAAAAACUAUUUCUUCAAAGCAUUUAUUUUAAACUGGUAUUUCCCGCUGAAACAAAAUUCUAUGGUACCAUGCCCAUCUUACCUUUUAUCUCCAGAAGAAAAUUUUUCACAGAAGAAAAUGAUUUUCUAACUUACUGGAAAUGCAUCCUUUGACGUGACCUUAGAAUAUCAUUGCAAGUCACUUGGUUUGAAUUUGGUCUAGUUAAGUCUUCAUGGAUUACGUACCAGGGCUAUUAAUAUUUAAACCUCUUUAUUUUGAUGGGAUGGUGAGAUUUUUAUUUCUUUUCAACUUGUGCCUUUGUCUUAACUAUUACAUGAUUAUAUUCAUGCCAAUUAUAAUACAAAUGAGCUAUUUUUAAUGCCUGUAUGGAGGAUUAAGGAAAACAUUCAGUUAUUGAUAUGUCAGGCUUUAUUGUGAGUGGUAAAAUUCCAUGGGAUGUGAUUUGAUUUAGAAUAUAUUCAAAUUCUUACAAUUAUGAUACUGAGUUAUGACAGAUUUCUGUUAUUUUAAACCACGAGUAGUGCUUGUUUCUCCCUAUAUGAAGAAUGUUAAUAUUUUGGAUUAUAAGUGUUCAAGUUGUAGGCCGAAGUUACCUAUGCAAGACGAAUUCUGUGCAACAUUUUUGUGAAAAUUAAAAGUAGUGUUUUAAGAGGGAAACCUGAAUGUUUUUAUGUACAAGUGCCCAGCUGAAGAACCAUAGAAACAAUAAAAUAAAAAUCUCUCAAGUAAGCUAUCACUGAUUGAAUAUUUAACCACAUACAAAACAGUAAUAACUUACAUUACUUUUUGGUUGCUAUAACCGAACACCCUAAAAACUAUGUGUUUUUAGAUGUGAAUUGGGGAAAUGAAUAUUUAAUUGAUAAGGAAAUUAAUAUGUAUUGUAUUGACAUAUAAUUUCUAAGAUUUCCUUUGCAAUGGCCAAUCAGAACUUUAAAAAACCAAACAACUAACAACAUAGACCUUAUGUGCCCUGAAGCCAAAAAUAUUUUGUAUACUUGGUUGGAUGGCUUAUUUAAAUGUAUUGAAUUUCCUUACACAUCUAAAAUGUACCUCCCUUCAGAAUUACACCAUUUUAAAAAUGGGUAACUUUGAAUUUCUGAACUUACUGUUUCUCCUAAACAUCCCAUUAUAAGAGAUUGGUAAGAUUUCUAGGUGGUAAUACAGUUUUCAGUACCACAUUCAGUACGUUUCAAUAAAAUUGGAACAUGGACAAGUUAGCUUAGGUUUAACGUUAGUAUUUUUGUGAUCGAUCAUAGACAACAAUACUAAAUAAUUUUCAUAAAAAUUUUUUCUCAAAUAUUCAGCCCCCAGUUUGAUUCCAAAACUUCUCCCCAUUAUUUAUGAUAUACCCUUCUAUUUAAUUUCUUUACAAAAUAAUGGUUUGGAAAAAUGUGAAUAUGUUAUGAAUAGUUGAAGACAAAACACAAUAAGAAACCCCUAUUCCUUUUGUUGUGGAAGGGGAAGUAUUCUGUGCUACCUUAGCAUUUGUGCUUUCCUAUUAUUUUCUCAAAAAGGAGCCUGACUUUUUCUUAAAUAUAUUUCAAUUCAGAAUUGCUUGAAAAAAUAUUGGCCUGGAUAAAGACAUCCAAAAUUUGAGAUGGUACCAAGUAUGUCCAGAGGUACAUGUCCAGAGGUUGUCCAGAGGUUGAAAAGUAUGUCCAGAGGUUGAAAAUCAUUUAAAAACACUCAACUAUCCCAAAAAGAAUGUGUUGCCUUUUCUUCUCUCUCAUUAGUUGGCCAUAAGUCAGAGGUCGUCUUCAUGUUUAGGAAAUCGCCAUUUUUUUACUCUCGAAAUUGCAUUAUAGUGAAUUACUGUUUACAAAAUACACAUACUGUGAACAGAUAGAAGUUUUUGUCUUUUAUAAGGUUGUCUGUAGAAUGAGUGUCUUUUUAAAGGAGUUGUUAUAUGUUAAAUAUUUUCAGUUUUUUUUUCUUUUUUUUUUAUAAAUACUAGUAUAACUGUUUACUAAUUUUUGUUUGGUCAGGUGUGUGCAAAUGUAGCUGAAAGAUAGGGAGAAACUGCACAUCCCAAACGGUUCCCGUUCCUGUUUCUUGAAAUGUUACCACUACAGACUUUUUUUUUAACCCGAAUUAUCAUUUGUGAUGUUCUGUACCUAAAAUCCUGCUUAAUCGUAUAAGGAAACCUUUAAAUACACUUGUAGGAGGAAGCAAACUAUAGGUUGCAGUAUAUUUGUGUAAUUCAGUUUGAUUCACAGAAUUCCAAGUUUAAUAUGAAAUAAAACGACUUAACAGAGAUGACAACUGAAGUAUUUUCUGCCUUAUGAAAAUUUGGGGAUUACGUUGCUGUUAGAAUGGAAAAUUUGAACAUUUUAUAUCAUAUAAUUUCAGAAUUUAAUUUCCAUAUCUUUUGGAGAACAUGGUUAUAUCAAGAACAUAGAAUAUAAGUAACCUAUUACUAAGACACCUUAAACGUAAACGUAGUGUGCUUGGCUGUUUAAUUCUAAAGAUGUUACUUAUGUUUGUUUUUAAAAUGCAUGUAUUUAACAAUUUUAUCAUAGUAUUGUCAUGGAAAAAUAAAUAUAUUUUCUUACAACUUA